AUGGAGAUGAAGAAAGAAAACGUAAACUCUCGGGCGUCCCUUGGGGCAACAUCGAACUCGACAACAUCAAAGUUGCCUCUGGAAGUAGCUGUAAAUUCCACAACUAGAAGUUCUAGUGCUACUAGUUCUAACCUUGAAGUAGCAGCAUCGGGUUCCAGCAGCAUCGGCAGUGCAACAUGCAGAAACAGCGCCUCUAGAGGAAGCAGCGCAUCGUCAAGCGAACUUAGCGUUGUAUCUUCAUCAAGGGGAGUCAUCGCACGAGGACCACACGAUUUUGAUGGAGAUCAUCAAUUAAGCAUUUGCAACUCGCUAAGCCUGCAUGGAGCGCAAGAAGUAGCUCAGUUUAAACCGGCUUCCACAGCUGUCAUGCGCGAAACCAAAAGGCUGAAUCAGGAGUUUUUCGAGGGGAAGGCGCGCAUUGGGAUUUUUCGCAGCUCAAAUCAUCCUUUUCGCCGAUUUCUUUACUUCACACUCGGAAUUUUAUGAGACUACAACAUCAACAUGAGAGCUAUUGUUGUUGGGCUAAUAGAUACUAGAACAAGACAGAGGACAUGACAGUAUCAGUAGUUGUUGGGUUCUUAGAAGAAUAUUUAGACUGACGUUCUUGAUAUUGAUCUUGACGAUCAUUAUCUAGGUCGUUCCGUUUUGCCGUGGAUGUCCACAUCGUGGUACGCUAGCUGAGUUGACCAUAGGCAUGACUUCCACGCUUGUUCUGAGAGACCCUCUCUUCAUACGUUGUAUUAUUGGCAAACGCGGGUCGGCGCCAGUGGGAAAUGCACAAGGACAUCGAGGAGAUGGGCCACGAGCGCGCGGCUCAGAAGUGGUGCCCGCGCACGAUAAAGGCAGCUGCAGAUCAGCAACGCGCGGUCAUGCAGAAGGCUCAGAUAAUCGAUGAUGAUGGAGAUGAAGAGGACGAAGAUGGUCCUUUUUGAAUGGCGGGAUCGUUUUGCACAGUCGCGACGAUUUUCCGUUCUUGACUACGCUAAACAACAAGAACUUCCGCUGUUUUGUUUUGAACAAGAGGUAGUCUUUGGUGAUGCUACUAGCAUUUCUUUAACUUACUAGGUGGGAAUUACCACUUGUUUUGGCAAGACAUAGUAACUGCUUUUGAAUACUCGAUAUAAUGAUGUCGGAAAGCCUACAACUUGGCGGCAGUUCUUCGAGGCAAAGCCUUGUACCGAAUGACCAUGAUAUGAAUCUGUAUCGGUGACGGUGCAUAUUCAUCUUUAUAACACACAGGCACGUCGGUCGUGCGAGUGAUUUAGGUCGAGAAUUAUCGAAGAGAUGGUUGAUUGUUUCUGCUCGGAUGACAUGUGCUUUAGUAAUUUAGUUUCGAG